CUUAAAGGGCAACUUUAGCGACAGCUUCUAUUACACUGGUCAGGAGGCUGAUGGAUUUUUCCUGCCCUCUGGAAAUUACUAUUAUUACCCCACAAACUUCCCAGUUCGAGAGUAUCAAAAAACCAUUAUCGAAACAGCACUUUUCAACAACACUUUGGUUGUCCUCCCCACAGGUUUGGGGAAAACAUUCAUAGCUGCAGUGGUGAUGUACAACUUCUAUCGAUGGUACCCCCGUGGUCUUGUAAUAUUUAUGGCCCCCACCAGACCUUUGGUUACGCAACAAAUUAAUGCUUGCACAAACAUCAUGGGAAUCCCACCUUCUGAUAUCACUGAAAUCACUGGAAAAUCUGUCAAAACAAAUAGAAUAGACAGUUGGAAACAAAAACGGAUAUUUUUUGUGACCCCACAAGUAAUGGCCAAUGAUGUUCUUAAAAAUGUCUGUGAUCCAAACAGAGUCAGAUGUGUAAUUUUUGAUGAAGCACACAAGGCACGGGGUAACUAUUCUUACUGCCAGGUUAUCAGACAAAUGAGCGACUUCCUUCUGAAAUUUCGCAUUUUAGCUCUCUCUGCCACCCCUGGUAAUAAUUUGGAAGCUUACCAAGAGAUAAUCCAUAACUUAAACAUAGCGAAAGUUCAAGUGCGAGCAGAAGAUUCUCCAGAUGUAGUAAAAUACAUACAUGGUCGAAAAUUGAGUCAUAUUGUUCUUAAACUUGAUAAUUUAUGGAAGCAAUUCCAGGGUAAACUUCUGGAGUUGUACGAAGAUUAUUCGCGUCCCUUGAAAGAUCACAAUGUUGUCAGAGGAAACAUUAGCACCCUGUCUGCAUAUCAGGUCAUGACAUUGAUGGAAACUUUCAAAAGGAAGAAAGAUAUUGAUCAAAAUGUGAAAAACAGGUGCAAUAUGAGUCUCCUAGUUUGCCAAACCCUAGCUCAUGCUCACAAUCUGUUGUACACUUAUGGCUUUAAGGCCCUCUACUCACAUUUCUAUGGUGAGAGUGAUAGCUGUGCAAUGCCAAUCCUUUUAAAAAAUGAGAAGUUAAAAAGUCUGUUGAGAGCAAUCGAUGACUACUUCAAAGAUAAAGCCCAUGAAGAAACUUAUGUACCUAGUCAUCCAAAGUUCGCUAAACUAAGAGAAGUCAUCGCUGCUCAUUUCAAGACAAUGGAACAAAACGUGGAGCUUAGAAACAGUAAAGUGAUCAUAUAUUGUCAAUAUCGAGUUGGAGUGACGGAAGCGCAAACUGCUUUGAAAGAAUUGGAGCCGCUUGUCAGGCCAGUUAUGUUUAUUGGACAAUCGAGUGGGAAAAAAAAAUCUACUGGUCUUGGACAAAAAGCACAAUUAGAAAUUUUAAACAAUUUUAAAUCAGGAACUUUCAACACUCUAAUUGCAACGAGCAUUGGAGAAGAAGGGUUAGACAUUGGUGAAGUAGAUUUAAUUAUUUGCCUUGAUGCACAGCAGUCAAUUACGCGGCAUAUUCAAAGGAUCGGACGAACUGGUCGUAAGAGAGCGGGUGCUUGCAUUUUUCUCGUUACUGAGGGGAAGGAAGAGCUGAAAUUUCUUAAGUGCCUAAAUGCAUCAUCUAAUUUCUCUAAAAUGAUAGAUCCAAAACUUCUUAACACUUCUGUUACUGCAGCAAAUCCAAGGAUGGUUCCAAAGCAUAUUAAACCAAAAUUACAUUUUGUUCACAUUCAACCAGACAAAGGAGGUAAAAACGAAGGAAAUUUUGCUGCUGAAGCUGAUGAAGAAAGUGGAGAGGGUCCCUCUUCCUCGAAAGAUGCUCUGAAAAGGAAGAAGAACAAUUCGAAGAAUCAAGGGAAAAAAGAAAAACAAUCCAAAGAGGCAAAAGUUGAAAGGUCAUCUAACAAGACGACUUUAUUCUCCUAUUUCAUCAAGAAAAAUGAUUCGAAAAAUUUUGAUUCGUUCUGUGAAAAUGAUGCAGAAGCCAAAGAUAUCUUUUUUAUCGUGAAAGAUAAAGCCCCUAAAAGUGAAUCUAAAUCAUGUGAGCUGGACACUAUCCCUAAGGAUGAUUGUAUCAAUAUUGAAGAGAAUCAUGUUGAUGCAGGUAGCUUUAAUUCUCUGAAAGUGGAAGGCUUCACUGAUUUGCGGCACAGUGACCUCUCUGGCCCGGACGAGGCUUCUGCCAUUAGUUUAUCCAAAAUUCAAAGUGACUCUAGCACUCAAAAUGAAACGAAGCCAAUGAUCUCACUUUUUCAAAGCUGGGUCAGGAAAUACGCAGAAAACAGAAGAGUUCUUUUUGAUGAAAAUUGGUUUGAUCUCAUUCAUCAUUUCAUGAAAGAGUCCUCCAAAUUUCCUCCGUAUAGCUGUAAUACUGUAAAUACUCCUAAAGAUUUCACCCUUGUAGAUUAUGACAUAACAUUUAAUAGUUCUUCUGAUGAAUCUGAGUCUCCGGUUAUCAUGUCAAGGAAACCUUUAGCAUCUAGUCCUGUAAUACUAGAAAGUGAGCCAAAUUGUUUAGAAUCAAAUUCUCCGAUCUUGUCUGGCAACAGUUUUAAAACAAUAUUGAGUCCUGUUAAUUGUAAAGUGAAAACUCAUAGUGAUCUACAAGCAGGGAGCACCUCCACACCAAAGUUACCUUCUAAGUUCAAAGCAAGUAGUUCUGUAGUGAGUCAUCGUAUGGAUAGUAAUUCCUCCUUACAAAUAUCCAUCCCCCUAAAAGUUUCUGUCAGCAAUCAAGUAGUAAACAAUGACCUAAGAAACAGUAAUCGUGCUACAUUUGAUGAAGAAAAUAUGUUGAAAAUGUUUGGUCUCAGUAGUGAUCCAUCGUCCUUUUCACCAGAGCCUUUAACUUUCAAAAUUUCUAGUCUAGUUGGUUGUGAAACAUCAAACGGACUGUUUCCUAAUGAGAAUAAUGUGGUCACAACUUUCAAAAAAGAGAAAGAGCAAGAUAUUACAGAUCUGAAAGAAAUUUUCUUUGGUUCUCCCAAGUACAUUAUUAGAGACAUGUGUAUUUCAGAGAAAAAUACAAAAACUUAUGAACACAGAUCAUUGGCAGAACAUAACAUCUGUAAGAAAACAUCUACCUCUUCACCAGAAAUUUUGACCAGUAAAGUUUCAAAAUCAGUGAAUCUUGCAAUGUCAAAGCAACUGUGUGCUGACGGAAAUGGCGUUGCCUCAUCUGUCGGAGAGGGGACCAAACAAGCUGACUGUAUUGAAAAUGUAAAACAAAUCUUGUCAGACUCUUUUGACAUGUUUCUUGGAAAUUUGGAAGAUGACUUCUUGCCCUCAGUCCAGCCUCCAGAGAGCUUUUCUCAAGAUCAGGUCCUUACACAAAAAGAAAAUAAUGCUCCAAACUUCACUUCAAAUAUUAAACCCAAUGAAAGUUUGAAACCUACAAAUUCAAAGAGUACGUCAGGAAUUGAUACUGCCAUGGCUCAAGUUGAGAGUGAAUUUGGUUUCCUUCUCAGGAAAAAUCUUACAUUUUCUUCUUUAUCUACGAAAAGCAGUAUCCUGUCAAAAGAGUCUUUGUCCUCUUGCAUUUAUAGCCCUCAGUUAAACAGAAGGCUCAGGGAUGAGUGCAAAAGUAAAGACACAGAAUCGUCAGUCCUCAUCCAGUCCAUGCAUAAGACCAAAGAUUUUCGACCUGGUAAUGAAAAUUCAGAUUUGCCUCAAGGAAAAUAUUCAAAUGAAGAUGGUGUGCCAUUUAUGGAGGAAGAAAUGACUAAUAAAUCGAUCGUUGUCAGAAAAUUUUAUGAAGGUGGCAUGCAAAACCCAAAACUUGAAAAAGAUUCUUCAAAAGAAAAUAAUUCCAAAGAAAAUUUCAAUCUUCUAAGUUUAUGGAAUCCCAAAAAUUCAUUAAAAUUUUGUGAAGGACCAAAAUUGCCUCAGCAAGUGUUUCCUAAGAGGCUCUCGUCCAUCAAUACAGAAACUGGUCCGAGCAAAAUUUGCUCCUCUAACCCCCACAAGAGUUCACCCUGGCAAAAUGUUGAGUCUGAGAGUAGAGGAAUUUCAUUUGCUAACAAACACAACAACUCUUUUAUGAAUCCAUCGGUAUCAAAAGACGCUAUGUUUAGCAAAAGAGGAGGUGAAAUGCUAAAGCCUGAAUUUCAAGCUAUUCAGGUGAAAAAUCAAAACUCACCCGACAGUAAAUUUCAUGAUCUAACUGUAGCUGAUCAUGCACAAUGUAAGAACGAAAGAAGCCGAAAAAAUAAACAUAAGCUGUUGAAGAAGGAGUUGGAAUUAAAAAACGCCAAUAAGGACGGUCUCUAUUCUGGCUGUGAUUUCGAUGAUAUAUUUUUUGAGCUGCAACCGUCAGAUAAACCAAGGAAUCAUGAUGAACCACCAAAAGUAUCCAAUAAUAUACAAUCAUUCCCAUCACUGAAGAAAGCGAAAAAGAAAAAAAACUGUUUUAUCGAGUGGGAGGCAGAAGUUAGCGGCAGUGAUGUCUCAGAGGAUGAAAAUGAAGAUGAAGACAAGGAUCAGGGUAAGCCUGACUCAUUUAUCCACGAUGAUCAUGCUUCUGUUUCAAACCACGAACACACAAUCACUGCCCAAUAUUUAGAAUCAAUCAAGAGUCUACCAACUGGUCCUGGGAAAUUCAAAAUACCUGUCUUGUCUGAUAAAAUAGAUAAGAAUGUGUACUCUCAAGCCUUCAAUAAUGAUACUGACUAUCAGAAUGACUCAUUUUGUGUGGACGAAGAAGUUUGGGAGGAGUAUGAUUGUUCUGAAGAUGAGAAAACUUUUGAAGAAACUGUUAAGAAAACCACAUGCAAAUCUGGAAAAAGAAAACGAAUCAUAGAUAGUAACUCAAGCUCUGAAGACGUUAUUGAAAUGCAUUCCAGUUUUAAUGAGGAGAGCAUAAAUGCGGAAAUUACACUCUUACCAGAUUAUGAUGACAAUCUUUACACGACUAGAAAACCUACACGAAGAAAAAUUUGUCAUAGUGAAAAGUUUUCUGAGCUCAAAAAGAUAAUUGAAGCCAAGAAGUCAAAAAAUAAACCUGGAGCUGGUACUCUCAGCGAAGAACUGGUGGGAAAUUCUGUUUCAUUUGUUCUGCAGAAGAGUCCAGCUGUUCAAAAGAUUAAUGAUGUAUCUGAUAGUGAUGCUGAUUCGGAUGAUUUCUUUCUAAAGCCUAGUGGUCGUGGCAUAAAUAUCAGGCCCAAGCCUUCUUCAAACUCGAACACUAAUGCGAUAGGAAAACAAACCAAAAAGAAAACAAAGAUGAACCUCUUCUCCUCUGAUGAGGACUAAUUUGUGAAUGAAAUCAAAAUAGUCUUAAGAAUGUAAAUCUUGAAUAGCGAAAUGGGCUGUGUUUGAAAUUUCAUCGUAAAAUUGCAAAUAAUAUUGCGGUCUCCUUACCCUCUGUAAGUAAAUUGCAGUUCUGAAAUUCAUUUUGCAAUAUUCUGCAAGAAAUUGUAUAUUCCAUAGGUAAAUGAACCUCUCUAUUCAAGGGUUCUUGUGAAAUUGAGCUUUCCCUUAUUGCAGGGGAUGAUAAUCUUAAAAGUAGAGCUGCGCGAUUAAUCAAAUGUUAAUCGUAAUUGCAAUUAAUUUUUUUAAUCGUAACCGUAAUCGCAUUGAAAACUUAAUCGCCGAAGAGUCAAUUAAUUUGACUUCACGAAAUUUUGAAUUUCCCGCCGCGUUUUAAAUUUGAAAUUUCCGCCAAUGUUAAGGUGAUCCUAUGUGAUCUAGGGACGAGGCUCACCACUGCAUAGUGUUGCUAUGGGGUUUGUGGCUUUGAGAAGCAAUAAUUAUCGUUGCAUACAAGGUAACACAAAAAACUGAUCCAUAAUAUGUAGCAGCAUUAAUACUGAGUA